GUUUUGUGCCGGUGACGGAUUGUCCACAAAUUUGUAGGUUAGGUUUGGGUAAUAGAAAGCAAACUUAACCCCUUAACGUAAACUGUUGUUGUUCUUAAGUAUACACUAGUAAUUACUCGAAGAAAUUCAAGUAAUAAGACAUUUAUGACAUCAUGGAAACUGACGCUUCUUUAAAUUCCAACUCUCAACUUCAAAUCCGUUUCAUUACAAAACAAGAACAAUAUUCUGUUCCUGAUGCACCUUUUGCUGUGCAGGCUAAUAUUUCUACAACCCAGUUGAAUACGCUUGUUAAUGAACUCAUUAAAGAGUUGCCCAAUGCGCCAGAGACAGCCGUUGAGUUUGACUUUAUAGUAGCCGGCGAGCUUCUGCGGUCCCGACUCAGCGAGCAUGUCACUGAGCGAGGAGUGUCCCCUGAGGGAGUUAUUCUCGUGGAGUACGUGGAGCGACUGCCGGCUCCACAACCCUCGGACUGUCUACUCCACGAUGACUGGGUGUCUGCGUUGAAUGCCAGGGAUAAGUGGAUAUUGACUGGGUGUUAUGACAACACCUUACACUUAUGGACGGUGAAGGGGAAACACAAAUUGACGAUUCCUGGACACACGGCUCCAGUGAAGGCUGUCGCAUGGGUCUCUGUCUCAGACACUAUGGCAUCCUUCGUAAGUGCAUCUCACGACCAGACAGCCAUGUUGUGGGAGUGGAAUGUCGCGACCAACGCGGUGGAGUGUGUACACGUGUGUCGUGGCCAUGCUCGUGGUCUAGAGUGUGUGGCUGUCAGCAAGGACGCAGCCAAGUUCGCAACAGGAGGUUGGGACGCAUUGCUCAAGAUCUGGUCAGCUGGCGUCCAUUCUGCGUCUGAUGGGGAUGAUGGUGAGAGCGUGAGCAAGAAAGCCAAACACGAGGGAAAUAAAUCACAAGUGAGAACGCCUCUGGUGACUCUGAAAGGCCACCGUGAGGCGCUGUCGGCAGUCUGCUGGCUGCGCGAUGGUGCACAGGUCGUCACGGCCAGCUGGGACCACACUCUGCGCACGUGGGACAUUGACACUGGCGCACUCGUCUCGGAGCUGUGCGGCAACAAGAGCUUUUUUGAUCUUCACGUUUCUCCCUUGUCGGGAAUGUUCAUCACAGCCUCGGCCGACAGACACGUGCGUCUCUACGACCCUCGCUCUUCAGAGGGCAGUGUCGUCAAGUGUACCUUCACCUCUCACACUCAGUGGGUUCAGGCCGUAAGAUGGUCGCCUACCGAUCAACAUCUUUUCAUAUCCGGAGCGUAUGACAACGCCCUCAAACUGUGGGAUUGUAGAAGCCCAAAAGUUCCGUUGUACGACCUGAUGGGCCACGAAGACAAAGUGCUGUGCUGUGAUUGGACGAUUCCCAAGUACAUGAUGUCAGGAGGAUCGGAUAACACACUGAGAGUCUUCAAGAGCAAAACUUACCCUGUGUAAAACACUGGUAUGAACACAGCCUAUGCAAUAAUUAUCCAAGGCUGAAGUGUCAUCAGAGAAUGUGUUUAGUGUUAUUAAACUUUGCUAUGUUUCAACCUUACAUAUAAGUCUGGCUUGUACAAAUAGAAAAUAAACAGUCUUUAUCAGUC